AUGGCUACCGACUGGCAGCCUGAGUGCAUCAUCCCCCAGAGCCAGCCAGCGCUGGAGAGUGUGGGAGCCCAUUCAGAGCGGGUUCUCCAGAACACCUCUGGCAACGUCCAGUCCUAUUCAGAAGACCUUGCCCACAGCGACCCGAUGGGGCGAGAUGGCUAUUUGCAGCAAUUCGCCUACAAGUACCCUUCUCAUCUUCCGCCGGCUGCACCCGCUCCCCCAGUACCGUCGGCAUCCGCCAGCCUUCACAACUCGCAGCUGCUGGCCAGCAGGGCCCAGGCGAGGAGGCAGCGGCGGUUGAAUUCCGCCAACCAGUUUCCCUCUGGGCCUCGGAGACGCAGCUAUCUGCAAUCCCAGAAGUAUCUGGAGUAUCGUCGUCGUCCUCGACGGGACACCGGAAAGGAUGGCGAACCCGUGUGGUCUGAUGAGCUAGAGGAUGCUUUCCAGCAGGCUCUCGAAGCGAACCCUCCAAUGGGUCGAAGGAAAUGGUCGGGUCGUGGAAAGUCGUACGGGCGGAACGAGCUCAUUGCAGAGUUUAUAUACAACACCACAGGCAAAAAGCGGACCAGAAAGCAAGUUUCUAGCCAUUUGCAAGUCCUGGACUCGUUCCUGAAGGGAGAUCUUGACUGGGAGCGCCUAGUCCGUGAACAGCAAGCAGAACGAUCGAACAGCCAGUCUCACUCGGCUGGUUCCAGAUGGCGGACUUCCAUGGAGCAUCCACUAUCGAGUCAUUACAGCCACCCCUCCUCGAGCUAUCAUGACCCCUCGCGGUCUAUGCAUCUUUAUGGUGGGGAGCUCCCCCCGCCGCAUUAUGCAUUGAGCUCGAUGAAUAGCCCCACGCCAAAUAUGAUCCACGGUCUUAGUUUCGACAUGUGGGUGAGCGCACCGAACAAACCGGAUCGGGUUGAGGAAGCUUUUCACGCGUACACGUGUUUGCAAGGCGACCAGCGACACCCCGUCGGGCCUCCAAUGCCGCUGGAGAGCCUUGUCAACUGGCGUCAUUCAUUCCCCCGUCUUGGUGACUUGAUGGCUGAUGUGAAUACCCCAAUAAACUGCGAUAUCAUCUUGCUCGAGACCAAUCUGAAGUUGAUGGAUGAUUUCCCCCCCACUGGCUCCCGGCUGGGAACCCAGCUGCAACUCGACUAUUCCCACCCCACUGCGGGGGAUAUCUCGAUGACCCACGAAAUGGACAACUGGGGUUGCAGUACCUAUAUGUACGAGGAUGGCCAGACGAUGCUGGAAGCCCACCACAGGGUCUCUAAGCCAGCUUCUCCAAAAAUUAAGCCCCCGUUCGAGUCGAUAUGGUGGGCCAAGCUAUUCACCGACCUCACGCAAGAGAAGCGAGUAGCGGAGAGGGAGGGGAACCACUACGCUGCUGACGAACACGCCCGAAAAUUUUUUCGCUCUCUGACCGCAGUCCAGGAAAUCCGGGCCACCCCGAACAGCUCUCGGCGGCUAUCGAAUCCGUACGGGGCGCAAACUGGAGAGGAAAGCCAGCGCAUGGCGAUCCUGCUCUGGAAGUUCCGCCAGACCCGACCUGGGGAGGCAGGAACAACUACCUGGCGGCGACUGAUUCCCCCACCGAGCCGAGUCGCUACGAACAGUCCGCGAACAGCAUCCGGCAUCGACCUCCCGCCGCUCUCACUGGAUGCGCUGCUUUCCAAGCCGGCUUCUAGCGCCUACCAUGCGCCACAACCGCAGGAUUCACUCCAGAACAGCGCUUCUCAACCUCCCUGGCUAUAUCAGCCGUCAGCAGAGAGCCUCCCGAACAUCUAUUCCACAGGGUCAUUCGAUUUCCUCAACGCGAUCACUCGACCCGAGGAAAGCUUAAACGAUAGAACCGCCGUCAGCUCGGUGCUAGACCCAUACCCUGCUCUACCACCAGCAGACACCAGCCAGCCCUCGCAUCUCAACGGCGCAAAUUCAGGCCCGAUGAUGCUCCAGGUGCCCGAUAUGUCCUUAUCUCACUCGAACCUCGGUGGAUAUGGAAUGAGCCAUGAUGGGCACUACGUGCCAUCGCAGUCGCACGGAGUCGGCGUUCAUGACAACCAGGGCGUGCUCAACAACCUUUUCGGAUCAUCCACGCAACCCCUCGACGACCUCAGCCAUAGUCAUGCGGCGUGGUCCGCCACUCCAGCGACAACUCUCCCUGGUGACAUGAGCAACAACUACAGCCAUCUAUCAUACCAACCGUCAGAGCACCCGGCGUCCGUGUCGCGGGGAUCGCAUGCCGGUCAGUUUGAGGGUCUAAUGAGCGCGGAUGAUUUGGGCCUGGACAAAAUCGUGAGCAACAUGCCGAACGAACAGAACCUGAACGGCGCUGGGCAAGACCACACGCAUCAGUCAUAUGCGGAGGGGAAUCCUGUGGAGGCUGGUUAACCAGGGUCUCCGGUGAAUGGGUUUACUUUAUGAUAUUCAUGGGCAUUAAAAGUAUCGUUCGUGGGGGCGUGCU